CGUAGUGGUUGUUUAUAUUGGUACACAGACUACUUGAUGCACAGUAGAUUGACGCCAAUUUUACCUUCGGAACCGCGUAAUCAUGCCUCGAAGUAAAAGUCGCAGUCGCAGCAGAGGACGUAGUGAUCGUCGAGAUAAAGGACGAAGCAGGAAGAAUCGAGGAGGCUCAGCCUCAGCUAGCUCCGGCAGUAGUUCAGACAGCUCCAGUUCUAGAAGUCGUUCUAGUUCCAGUGGGUCAUCCUCAAGUGGGUCAUCAAGCAGUAGAUCUUCGCGGUCCAGCAGUAGAUCCUCGCGAUCCAGCAGUAGCAGCAGCGGGAGUAGCAGCUCAAGCUCCAUCAGUCGUAAGAGCGGACAGAGGAAGAGCUCGGAGAAGAAAGGAAAGGAAGACAGGAAAGGGAGGGAGAGAAAGAGUCGGACAAGAUCCAAGUCACCACGUCGGCGUAAACGGAGCCCCUCUCCCAAGCCAUCUAAGCUUCACAUCGGGCGUCUGACGCGCAACGUCAACAAGGACCACCUGAUGGAGAUCUUCUCAAACUACGGCGUAGUCAAGACGGUAGACCUACCCUGCGACCGCACCAAUUCACACCUGAACCGCAGCUUUGCGUACAUUGACUUCCAGAAACAUGACGAUGCCGAGAAGGCAUUGAGACAUAUGGACGGAGGACAAAUUGAUGGUCAGGAGGUGACAGCCGCCUACGUCUUGGCUCCUAGGCCCCGCAUAAUGCGGCGCUCACCGAACCGAGGGGGGAUGAACCCAUGGAGAAGAUCUCCACCUAGAUUCAGAGACGACAGGAAUAGGAGAAGGCCACCCCCUCCAAGGAAGCGCUCCCCAAGACCUCGCUCAAGAUCAAGAUCCCGUUCACCUGUAAGACGAAGACGUCACAGCCGCUCAAGCUCCAGCUCCUCUCGCUAAUAAAGACAGACUUCACCCAUAUCUUGAUUCAUCUCGUAGUUGUACCACUCGUGGCUGAUGGAAAUCCUUUAACCAGUGGUACACAAAGUAGUCGUCUUUAAAAACUUUUUGAGGCGUACAUGGCUCUCUGUGACUUGCUGAUUAUGCCGUUGUGUGGAGCCACAGUUUGGUCCAACACGGAGACUAAAGCCAGACAUGUCUGAAACAUGAAGCCCAGUUUUGAAGAAUACUUGCUUCUGAUGGUACUUCUUAUUAAUAUUUUGUAAGAUUAAGGAUCUGUUGGCAUUUCUUGGAAAGCUGAUUGCUUCGCCAGCUUCAAUCCUCCGUUCACUGUUCACGGACUAAGUGCUUUGAAGAUCAAGUGUGGACUUAGGCUUGUAGUUCUCUUUUUUUCUUUGUUAGUAAUGUAUCUUUUGUUGUAAUUGUAAAUACUUCAGUACAAGUUUUUUGUUUUUAUUCUUCAUUGUGUUAAUAAUUUUUUAGCUUAAGUUGGGGCAUUGUCAAAUAAUGAAAGGGUUGUUUUCACACACAAAAACUUGCUUUUAAUCGUGUCAAACGAGGACUUAAGAGUCUGCAUUAGUUUGGUCAUGACUCUAAAAAUUAAUGCCAAUACAAACUUACAUGGUAAGAAAUACAGCAGCUGUGAAUAGUUGAGAAAUAAUUCACUUCAAAGUACUACAGUUAUGGAAAAACAUAUACACUUUUUGAAAAUAUGAAGCAAUACCACAGUAAUGCUUCUUAGAACGUGGACACAUUCACUUUGGAGUUUCGAUAUCUCAAAAACGCGACCAUUUUGAAAUGAAAUUUUCCCAGGUUAAUUUGAUUGUAUACAACUACGUUUACAUAGGAUUAAAACAAUUGAACUGUUCCAAAACCAUAUAUAGAUGUCAUUGAAAAAAAAAUUAAAACAACUACUAUUCAUAAUUGAA